AUGGAUAUUAGCCAAGAAUUUUCAGAAAAACCAUCUCCGCUUCCUCAUCCAAUAAGUUUAAUACUAGUGAAAAGCACAAGAACCCGAAAUAGCAUUCCGUGCACUACUUGUGGCAUGCUUUUCAAGCUUAAAUCAGAUUUGGUUCUGCAUAGAUUUUCCAAUCAGGAGGUGAUGAUGAGCAAAGACAUAGCAAAAACUUGUUCAAAAUUAGUGGAAAAGGAAGAGUCGGACCUUGAACUUUCAGAUGACGAAGAGGGUAAAGAAUUUUUUUGUAAAGAAUGCAAUAUUGAAUUUAAGUCCAGAAAAGGAAUGAGACAACAUAUGGGGAAAGUCCAUGAUACAAAAUACAAACAUUCAAGAUGCUCGAUAUGCAAAAAAAAAUUUCGUAACAAGUAUGCUGUUAAGUUUCACUGAAAGCAGGUACACGAAAAAUCAACGCGAGCAAAAUGUGAGAAGUGUGGAAGAGUUUUUUACAACAAAUACCUUUUAAUUAACCACUCUGAAAAGUGUUAA